AUGGUCAAUUGUAUAUCGCUCUUUUGUGCAGCAUUUUUGUCGUUUGCCGCAUUGAUCCUGGCAUGUGUCGCAUGUGCGGGAUCAACGAAGAACUACUACCCUAUUAACAACAUUUUUGAAGCUCAGCUGGACCUCAGCAAGCUAGACGUGACAAAAGUGCUUCCGGAGCUACCACAAUCUUUGUCAUCAUUUGAUACUUUGGGAUUGCCCUCGUACGUUAACGUAGGUCUGUGGUCCUACUGUGUGGCAGAUUCGGCCAAAAAAGUCACCAGCUGCACUUCUCCGUCCGGAAUUCAGCAAUUCGAUCUGCAGCAGGUCAUCAAGGACAACAUCGACAACAACCAGGUGGCCCAGCUGAUCUCAAGUCUUGCCCAGAUUGCACUGCCCGAAAAACUGCAAGAUAACAUGACUUAUUACAAUAACCUCGUGAAAUGCAGCUUCAUAACGCUUCUCAUUGGUAUUAUCGCCAGUGGUCUCAAUAUCAUCGCCAACUUGUUGCGUUGGGUCCUGCAUUUUGCGUUUGUCACUUGGGUUUCUCGCUUCCUUUCAGUAAUUGCUUUCCUAGGCCUUAUCGUCUCCGCAGGAACAAGCACCGGAACCUACGUUUACAUCAAAAACGCAUUGCAAUCUAACUACGACACCUAUGGUGUUAAAAUGAGUCUGGGCCUUAACUUCUACGCAGUUUUAUGGGCUAGCGUUGCUGCAGCGCUCUUAAAUUUGAUAUUCCUAUCUGCGGUAAAAUCAAGACGCUACUCUUACAUGCGUCCUAUCGAGGAAAAGCCUCUCGUUUAA